ACAGUAGUGCUGCACGGUCAAACGCCAGGGACGCUCUAGACCUUCAGAUGGCAUCCUUGAAAAUUGGAACAGCCCUGGCCUAAAUCGGCAAAAACUGGAAAGCGCAUUGCAGAAGCAUAACAGUCUGUCUAUUGCAGCGCAACGAACAGUCCACAGUCGUAGAGAAAGGAACGAUUUUUAAUUUUUAAAUCUGAAAAGAGAGCACGACCUGUUGACGAACACACACAAGAUGCUUUUAUCGGGGUGAUCCUAUCAAAUAUGAAUACAAAAAUCUUCGUUCUGUACGCGUUGGUGCUUCAAAUCGAGGAUGCGUGUCUGCAGGAAGAAUAUCCGACGGUGGUCGAUCCCAACUCCGAAGUGGAAGUGUUCUCCGCGUCAUUAGCGAAAAAACUGAGCCGCCGACGCAGCAGGAGCAGCAGCAGCAGCACGCCACAGAGUGAGAGCACCACCACCGCCGACACCCCUUCUACUCCCGAAUCUCCUUCUUUCCCAAAGUGGAGCGACGGCGAGUCGCACGCUGGCCAGCAGCGUGCCGUCGUCUACUUGGGCCAAAGACAAAAAAGACCCGGCAGGCAGAGGGCAAACAAUAGAAAUAAUAAUGGAAUUUUUGCCCAAUCAGGAGUGAAUAAUAACCUGGUUCCCACCAAUCGCUCUUUGGUUCCUGCACAACGAAAGAAUAAUAGGAAUAACCAGAGAAGACGCCAACAAAAUAGGUUGGGCAUUGUCGUUGGAAAUCGGCGCAACAACAACCGGCAGAGGGUGCAGGUGCUUCGGCCGGCGAGACGACGCAACAACAUCAACAGGCGCAAGAAUAUUAAUAACAAUAAUAGGAAAAACAACAAGAAAAAGGUGGGAGUGUUCGGCGCCGGCCGGCAGAAGGUGUCAAAGUCGGGAAAAGUGCCAGUAGUGGCCGAUGUGGAGCCCAUGGACCCCACCUUCUCGUUCAACGUGCCCGCCAACGGGCAAAACAUUCCGUCCAGCACCACGAAUCCCCCUCCCACGGUGCCUGAAAUCACGAACCCUGUGCCGACGACGACCCUUUGGCCUCCGCCGGUGGUGAUGCCCGAGCAGCAGGAGACCACCACGAAGCAGCCCCCACCCCCGCCGCCCCUGCAGUCCGAAUUCGACGAGGAGGCGACGACCACGAGGCAGUUUCUAGCUUAUUAGAAAUAGAGCUAAUAAGUUGCCUCUUACUGCCAUGACGUCAUGAUGAUGCGAAAUUGAGUUGUGAAAUCCCGCAGCUCAUUUAUUUUGCAAAAGUCAAGCGCUGAAUCCCUUUGGUUUACGUGCUAUGCAACCCGCGCGGCGUCAAAGUUGAGCGGGUUGCGCAACUAACAUAUUAUAUCAGCUCAUUUAUCAUGCAAGCGGCAUCUCACCCGUAACUAUUCUUUGUAAAUAUGUAUAUAAAUUGCUUUUGUACUCAAUGAUGAUGGACUAACACUUGUUACGGUUAAUAAAGA